GGUCAAUAAGCCAGUUAUCAGCAAACUUGCGUUCUCUACCCAAACAAAUUUCCAGUCUCAAUGUUGGAAAAGGGUAUUCACUCAAUCAAAGAAAUCCCCUCAGCAUUUCUCAUGUAUAUAAAUCACCAUGGCUGUGCUAUUAGCCGCACAGAAAUCGAUUUCGAAUAAUACAAUCGAUACAAACGGCAGUUUUGAAACCAUCUAAAACCAUCAUGAAGUGCUUUGCGAUAUUCAUCUGUUUGGUUGUUGUAUUUGCCAGUGUGAUGUCAGCUCCAUUGGAGGUGCCUGAAGAGGAACUUGAACAUCAUGAGGAAGUCGCUCAUCUCAGGGUGCGUAGGGCAACUUGUGACAUAAUCGGCAGCAUUUCUGUCAAAGGUGUCAAGUUAAAUGACGCAGCUUGUGCUCUCCACUGCAUUCAAAUGGGAGGAGGAAGAACUGGAGGUUAUUGUGAUGGCAGAAAAGUCUGUCACUGCCGUUAAUUUUAAGAUAUAAUUUAGUGUUUCAGAAAUAGUUUUAUGAAUAAAUUAUGAUUAAGAGGA